UAUAUCAAUAGCUUUUGGAGAAUAUCCCGACUAACCUCCACUUUGUCAGACGAAGCAGGUGGAUAUGGAGUUUGGCAGCCUCAAGGCGAAAGCUCCUCCGCCAUGUCUGCUGCCCCAAAGCACAGCUCCACCGCUUCGGCCUCGCAUUAGCCUUCCUGGGCUUCCUCACGCCGACCAUACCUUGACGCGAAUUCAGACCUCUGGUAUCAUUGCUUGCCUUCGCGCCAAUACUGCAGAGUUGGCAAUGGAAACUGCCCGUGCUGCACUUAGUGGUGGAAUAACAGUGCUGGAGAUUGUACGGUCAACUCCAGGUGUGUUUGAGGUUCUUCAGCAGCUGGUGAAUGACUAUCCCACAACGGUCUUAGGAGUUGGUACUGUCCUUAAUAUUGAGGAUGCCAAAAAGGCAGUUGGCGCUGGAGCCAAAUUCGUCAUGAGUCCUGCUAUGGUGAAGGAUGUUAUGGAUAUGGAUGGUUUCAGGAAUGGUGAAGUUUUAUACAUACCUGGUGCAAUGACCCCAACAGAGAUAUUGUCUGCGCAUGAUUCGGGUGCCAAAAUAGUGAAGGUAUAUCCGGUUUCAGCAUUAGGUGGUGUUCAGUACAUAUCAGCACUUAAGAAGCCUUUUUCUCAUAUCUCAAUGGUUGCUUCCCAAGGCAUUACUAUAGAUUCAAUUGGACAGUAUAUAGCUAAUGGAGCUUCAUCGGUUGUUUUAUCAGAUGCCAUAUUUGAUAAAGAGGCAAUGGCCCAAAAUAAUUUCAAUGUCAUCCGUCAACUUGCACAUUUUGCCACUUUGCAGGCUAGCCAAGUACUAGAAUGGAAGAGAAGCUUAAUGUAAAACCUAUUGCACCAGAGUAGACUUUUUUCUUUUGCAGCAUUAUUCAUAUCAGGUUUUAUAAAAAGUUCUGACCUCCCCAUCCUCAAGGACUUCAAAUAGACUUGUAAAUCAGGUCCUAAGCUAGUGCACAAGUGAAAAGCAUUAGAGUAGUCUAGACUUCUAAGAAAAUAAAUGGUGAGAUGUUUUUGGCCUGAGAUAUGUAAUUUGUGUAUAGUAGUGUACAUGAGCGCUGUUAGUUUUCACUAGUUACAUAAAUAUAAUGUAAGUUACUUCUGCAAUUGUACUAACUAGGGUGGUAAGUGUGUCGUUUGUGAUUGGAUUACAAUUUACAAAUGAAAAAUGCUAAGGGGUACAAAUGGUGUUUGAUACUACAAUUAGUUUUCGUAC